GUGCACCACGACGACGCGUGCGUUUAGUCAUAAUACGAGCGCCCAAGGUCGCUUGCAAGAUAUCCGCGACUGUAUCCCGCGCCUUGUAUUGCUUCUCAUCUGCGCGUAAACAGUUAAACAUCAUACAUGAUGGGCAGGAAUCGCGCGACAUCUAAUGCGACGAGCACAAGCGAUGCGCCCACGCAAGAGCUGGGGAGCAUGUAUGAUUACUUAGCAAAAGUUGUAUUGCUAGGGCCAAGCGCGGCUGGAAAGUCAUGUCUACUCCACCGAUUCGUGAGAGACGAAUGGCGCGUCCUAUCCUCCCACACAAUCGGCGUAGAGUUCGCCUCGAAAGUCGUCCACAUCGCCGACCGCAAGGCACAUUCUGCACACCGAAAACGCAUAAAACUCCAGCUCUGGGACACGGCAGGCACAGAACGUUUUCGCUCCGUAUCACGCUCAUACUAUCGCGGCGCAGCGGGCGCAAUACUCGUGUACGACGUGAGCAGCUGGCGGAGCUUUGAGCAGCUGCAGACAUUUUUGAAUGACGCGCGGGCGCUGGCGGGGCCAGAUAUAACCAUCAUCUUGGCGGGGAAUAAGAGCGAUGUCGUAGACGGGCCACCUGUAUGGUCAGGCAGUCAAGGAGCAUUUGGGAGUUAUAGCAGUACGUCCGCGACGCCCGGGACGCCAGGCUCGCAAUCUUCACGCGCGCCGUCUCUGAGAGCAAACCUCGAUCAAUCGUUCACUAUCGCACCUGAUGGCCGCGAAGUACCCGCCGAAACCGCGUCGCGCUGGGCAAGCUCAAACGGAAUACCAGUCGCUGUCGAAGUGUCCGCGCUAAACGGCGAGAACGUAGAGGAACUAUUCAAUCGACUCGCGCGCAUGAUACUGACCAAGAUUGAACUGGGCGAGAUUGAUCCUGAUGAUCCGGCAAGCGGAAUACAAUACGGAGAUCUAGGGUGGGAUGAUGGUGGUGGAAGCGUUAAGAGUGACGACGGGCUGAGGUAUCGAAGGAGGGUCAAGAAGACCGGAGCAAUGAAUGAGUGGGACGACGUGUUUCGAAUGAACGGGAGCCGUAGGAGGGGAGGGUGUUGUUAAUGAUGCCGAAGAUUGGAGGUAAGGCGUGUUUCGAGGAGGCGAUGGAUAUGCACGAUUUGAGCGUUUCUGCAAAUGCGGUCAUUUUCUUUCUGAUGAUUGAAGCAACAUACCCCUUGCGUAUUAAAUGCGAAUGCACACACAUAGUUUGUUACAAUAUUCAUCACUUGACAAUCG